AUGAGGUCCACUGCCAAUGUCAUUUUCUUCCCGUCAAGCGAGUUUUCAUCUCUGUCGCCAACAUGGCUGGUUGCUAUCCAGCCAUGGCAGCUGCGCCCAGAUGCCAAGUGCAAGGACAUCUUGUGA